AUGGCGGACCUGAGCUUCAUCGAGGAUUCGGUCGCCUUCCCGGAGAAGGAGGACGACGAGGAGGAGGAAGAGGAGGGUGUGGAGUGGGGCUACGAGGAAGGAGUCGAGUGGGGUUUGGUGUUUCCAGAUGCUAAUGGAGAAUAUCAGUCCCCUAUUAACCUAAACUCAAGAGAAGCCAGAUAUGACCCUUCACUGCUUGAUGUCCGUCUCUCUCCAAAUUAUGUGGUUUGCCGAGACUGUGAGGUCACCAAUGAUGGACACACUAUUCAAGUGAUCCUGAAGUCAAAAUCAGUUCUGUCAGGAGGACCAUUGCCUCAAGGCCAUGAAUUUGAACUAUAUGAAGUUAGAUUUCACUGGGGUAGAGAAAACCAGCGUGGUUCUGAGCACACAGUUAACUUCAAAGCUUUCCCCAUGGAGCUUCACCUGAUCCACUGGAACUCCACCCUGUUUGGCAGUAUUGAUGAGGCGGUGGGAAAGCCACAUGGAAUAGCUAUCAUUGCUUUGUUUGUACAGAUAGGAAAGGAACACGUAGGCCUGAAAGCUGUGACUGAAAUUCUCCAGGAUAUUCAGUAUAAGGGGAAGACCAAAGUAAUACCUUGCUUUAAUCCAAACACUUUGCUACCAGACCCUCUGCUGCGAGAUUAUUGGGUAUAUGAAGGCUCUCUUACUAUUCCACCUUGCAGUGAGGGUGUGACCUGGAUAUUAUUUCGAUACCCUUUAACUAUAUCCCAGCUACAGAUAGAAGAAUUCCGAAGACUGAGGACACAUGUGAAAGGAGCUGAGCUGGUGGAAGGCUGUGAUGGGAUUUUGGGGGACAACUUCCGACCCACUCAGCCGCUUAGUGACAGAGUCAUCAGAGCUGCCUUCCAGUAG